AUGAAUUCACAAAAUCUCAGUAGAUUCAAAAUUUGGAUUGUUAUUUCAAUAAUCUUGCUUUAGGGAUUAGGGUAAUGUUGCCCGUUUACCGAUUAUGAAAAUUCAUUGCUUAGUUAACACUACCCUAUGCAAGAGACAAUAAUAGAGUAAAUGAGUCCUUCUUAAACGUUUGCAUUUUGGAGCUUUUCUAUCCCACUAUGGAACGUUAAAAGUUACCCAUAAGUAGAAUAGUAAGCGACUUCAGAUACAAGACGAUACUAAUUGAUGUUCUUGUUGAAAUCUCUUGAUGAUGAUAGAGUUGUGAUGUUCAUGUAUGCAGUGCUGGAUGAAAAUGAGGAUUCAGUAAUUCAUAAAUUAAGAGUGGAGGAGUUGGAUAGUUGGGGUUGGCCAGGGUUUAGUACUUACAGCUUCGAAUAUGAUCCAAAAGAAUAUGAGGGUAGUUGGAUACUAACCAUGAUCACUAUUCAAUAAACAUAAGUGAUUUUUGAGACAAGCAAUUACGUCACUAAUAAUAAUAUUGGAGAUAUAUUACAGGAAUUGAACAAAGUAAAGUUUAUAAUAGGCGGAACUGGAUAUGUAAUUAUUAUAAGUGUAUUCUAAUUAGAUCGAUGUAUUCACGGUCGGAGUGUUUAGAGGGAGGUUAUCCAAGUUGAUGUAAUUUACAGAUUAUUCUGAAUCAAAAUUUGGCGAGGUUGAGUCUAAUUGUUAAGUGCCCCCGAAAUUCGAAGGAGAGGGUGGAGAAAUGCUAUUUCCACAGUUGUUUACAUUCAAAGGAGAUACCUAAUCGAUAUUUAGUAUUGAUGAGGUGGGUAAAAGAUUUUGUAUUUCUGGAUGGGCCAAAUAUGAUGGUGCAGAUGCUGUUGAGACAAUUUAUUAUUUGUUGCUUCGGUUGACAACCAAUUAAAAUUAUGGCAACUAUUUGAAUAUGGGGGAUGAAUUAUUGAAAAUAACUGCAUAAUUGAACAAGAUAAACAAAAAGUAUUCAGCCUAUACAGUAGAAUCUAUUCAUUAUGCUAUUCCUGUCAAGUAGUAAAACGUCAUGCCAGAUCCAAAAAUGUUUGCUUGGCUCUUUAUUGACGAAAUUCCUAUUAUAUAUUAUGAUGCACUUACAGCAUGGCAUUAUAUCCAAUUUGAAUAUGGAAGAACUUCAGGACCGAAGUCUCUGUUGAAUAUCAAAUACUUUGCAGGGAAUCUUGAUUAGGAUACAGCGUCCUUUGGAGACAGCACUCAUUAAGGACUAUACAUAAAUACGAAAUAUUACGCCAUCUUUGGUAGUGAUAUGACAAACACAAGACGAUUAAAGGGAUAGGUUUGUAGCUUUUAGAUUACAUAUAAUUUUGAUUCCGAUAAGGAUUUCUCUUUUUGUAAAUAAUAAGAUUAUUAUUAGAAUGCCAUUAUUCUUGUUCCACUUGUAAUGGACCAUUAGAAAACAAUUGUAUUACUUGUGAUGGAGAUUAAAAUAGAAUACUAAUAGAAGAUAAACAUGAAUGUCCAUGUAAUUUUGGAUAUCUUGAAAAAAACAAAGUCUGCUUAUCAUUCAGUUCAGUCUAUCCAACAUUAAAUUAUUAUGAUAUUAUUUAAUAUCCACAGGAAAAGUCAUGUGAAUUUGGAUAUUUUCUGCUUCCAAAAAUUUAAAGCUGUAUUUAAUGGUAAUGUUGUAAUUAAUCCUUAUAGUCCUCAAUAAUCAAGUUCAGAUCUUCUCUGUGUUGACUGUCUAUUCAAUUCCACAAAUUGGUAUUAAAGACCAGUGUGUACAACAGAUUACAUUAAAUAACAUCAAAUAAACAACGAUGAUGAUGCAUAUUAGAUAUCUUUCAGAUCUCCUUAAGAUUACGACUUAUAUGUGAUUAAUGAAGAUAAUAAUUUGCAAUUGAUUUAAGGAGCAUUGGACUUGUGCAAUCCUGAUGAACCAGAGGGUUGUUAUUAAAUCCCCUUUUAAACUCACUUGUCAGAAGAUGUCUAUGUAUUUUGUAAAUCGAAUUAUUACUACUAAAAUAACUAGUGUAGAUUCUUUAAUAAUGCAUGUCUAGAUACUAGUAAAGAAUAACCAAAAUGUUGGAAAUGCAAAGAUGGAUAUUACUUGUCUUCAGAUUAUCUAUGUGAAUUAUGUCCAAAUACAUGUUUAACUUGCAAAUAUCAAGAGGUACUUGAAUGCCUCUCCUGUCAACCCAAUUAUGUACCAGUAGGUGCUGAAUGUGUAAAAUGUGGGUUGAAUUGUUCUUUAUGCCAACACUAAAUAAACUAUUCAAACAAUAACCCCUUUUUGAAAUGUUUGAAAUGUGUAGAUGUGUACAAGUAUUAUUUAUCAUUAAAUGCUGUUGAUUGCAUUGAAAAUACAAUUGAAAAUUGUUUAAUGGCAUAUGAAGAAGCUGUUGAAAAUAAUUCAAUCAACUCUUUUGAAUAUGACUUUGUACCUUAUGCUGGAGAAGUUAUUACAAAAUGUAGUAAAUGUGAAGAACCAUAUUGUUAUAAUAUAAGUACAAUGUAAUGCGAGUUAACUGAAUAUCCUGAAUGCUCUUAUUGUAUUUACACGCCUGAUGAUUUCACUUCAUGGUCAUGCUUAUUCGGACCCAGAACAUUAGAUGUUGAUCCUGAUUCAUCAUUUGAUACAGGCCCUGUGUCCUUUAUUGAAUAAUGUUCUGGAUAUAAUCAGGACUGCUUUGUAUGCAUGUUAGGAUAGAUGAAUGUUGACAUCUCCUACCUGUGUCUGAUUUGUGAAGAGGGAUUUUUCGCUAACAAACUUACAGGACAAUGUGAACCAUGUCCUGCAGACCUAUUCUGUUCUAAGUGCUAUCAAUAAAAUAAAUACUCUAAGGAUGAUUGGAAAACUGAGAUUCGUCCCUAUUAUAAGGUUACAAUAGAUAAUUCCUUUUAAAGUCAUACAUUUAUUGAAUAUGGAACAAGUCCAAAUAAAAAUGACUAUGAAGUUGUAUGUUCUAUAUGCCAAUCAGGAUAUGAACUCUAUAAUGAUGAAUGCGUACUCUAAUGUCCAGAGAACUGUCUUGAAUGUGUGUUGAAAGAUAAUAAAAAUGUGUGUGUCAAAUGUCCAAGUACAAUCAAAGGGCGAAAUUUAAGUUUAGACAGUAAUCAAUGCAUUGUCUGUCCUAUUAAUUGUUCACUCUGUCGUUUAAGAAGCUAAGAGGAAAAAGUAGCAAUCAACCCCAUUUUCAACAGCCAAGAAUUUUAGUACUCGUCGAAUCAAUGUUUAAGAGGAUUUAAUGGAAUACUUGAUCACACAAUAGGAAUAUAUGUGGAUUGCUCAUCACCUUUUUGUGUUAAGAGUAUAGAGAUUAAUUUAAAUUUGUUUUGUGAUUAUUCUAAAUUCAGUAAUGCAUUUCUGAAUUAAGAUACAGAUGAACAACGUAUUUCGUUCUUAUAAUCCAAUAUAUUUAUUGAUGAUUUGCUUUCAUCCUCUAGUUUUAAAGAAGUAUCAUCUAUUAUUAAUUAAAAUAGUUUGAAACUCAAUAGUUUUAUUUGAUGGCCAAUCAAAAGGUGAUCUAAAAUAUUUUGAUUAAGAUUGUGAGCCAAGAAAGUCAAGUCUGUGUAUUCUCUGGCAACAAGAGUAUCCAACAAAAUUUCAGUUAGAAUAUCUUCUCUGCCAUGUAUUAAUAUAUCAUAUCCAAGAAAUGUCGAACUUCUGAUUUAAGGAAAUGGAUUUACAACAUUUCAAUACGAUAGAAGUAUUUCCAUAGUCAACUUUAAAAAUGUCAAAUUCGAGGGUAUCAUAUUGAAUCCAGUUCAAACCGGAAAUAUCAAAUAACUCAUAUUUUAAAGUGCCUUCCUUUUAAGUGUUUAACUAAUCAAUAUCAAAUAUGAAUGUUCUAAUUCAAUAGAUAGACAUUAAAUUGUUAUCAAGAAUGCUUAGAAUGUCCUUAUUGAUGAAUUUGAAUCCUCUAAUCUAAACUUAAAUACAAUUGAUUAUUUUAUCAGAGUUGAGUAGAUUGAUUCAGAUCAAAAUAUACAAAUACAAAAUAUUCGCUUCAUGCAGUGUUACUUGAAGAAUACAAUCCUAUUUUCAUUUGAUUCUAGUUUAUUAACUUAAGCAAAAAUAAGAAAUCUCUAAAUCAGCUCUAAGUUUUUAUCCAGUCAAUUAUUAAAUAUAUAGUUUGGUAAAUUAACUAUGGAUGAAAUCUCUAUAUAGAAUAGUGAGGUAAAUUAAGUAACUAAUUUACUUCAUUUGGAAUCUUUAACUACGACUGAAUUUAAUUAAUUCCAAAUUUCCUAAACAAUUGUUACAUCAUCUAUAAUCUUUAGUUUAAACUAAAAUGCUCAGAUAUCCAAUUUGAGGUUUAAUGCAAAUCAACUAUUGAAAAAUUCAAAAGUAAUCCAAAAUGAGAAGGUUAAUGUUGUCUAAUACUAUUUCGAAGUGUUUAUUUUUGAAUUAAAUACUUAUGAUGAGGAUUCAAAAUUUAUUUAGAUUUAAUAAAAUCUAUCUCCUAAUAAGCAUAUCCUCAUAAAUAAUAUAUAAGUAAUAGGCAAUUAAUUAACCUAACUAUCCAACAUUAAAUAAUUAGAAUAGCCGGAAAUUACAUUGAUUUAUCUAUUACUUGAAAAAAUCGAAAUUUCAUCCAUGAAAAUCGAGAGAGCGUAAGGGAUCAAAGAAUUUAGCUUUAUUGGGGUCGAUUCAUUAAAAAUCAACUAAGCAACAAUCAGCUAACAUGCUGCAUCGCUGUUCUAAGGACUUCAUCAGUACAUAGAUUGCUUAACGCUUUAACAUUAUGGAACUUCUAUUUAUAUCUAUGAUACUAAAAGUAUAGAAUUUAAAUCAUUAACAAUUUCUACUGCAGAAUCGAUUGAUUAUCCUAUCAUUAAUAUCUAAACUUCAAUUUCUUAAGCCACUAAUGGCAAUUCCAUAUUAUUAUCUGAUCUAAGCCUUAUGAAUAACCUCCUCUUAAUUACUGAUCAAAUGAAACAGAUCUCACUUAUUUAAGUCAUCACCUAAUAGGAAUUCUAAAUCGAUAUCAUCGACUCCAUAUUCAAAAGGAAUAUUAUGCAUCAAUAUAGGUAGAAUGAUCUAAUAAACUCUGGAUUACUAUUAAACUUUGAUUGUUCCUAUUGUACAAUUAAGAUGGAUAAUGUGAUAGCCGAAUCAAAUUUGGUUACAAAUUCUACAGAUGGCAUCAUUUACAUCAAGGCAAAAAAGAUGACACUCCAAAAUUCUAAUUUUACCUCCAAUUGCAUAUUUGAUUACAGCAUCAUACAGCGUUAUCUGGUAUGGGGAUAUAAUAAUGGAGAAGAAGUGUUUCUUGAAUAAAUAAUGGAAAUGUUUCCUAUUUUUGUAACUACUGGAAAUGCAAAACUGAUAAGUUCGGAUUUGGACAUUCAAAAUGUAGUAAUAUCUAACUCAUCCGGUUCUGGGUUAUAUAUUAGAAUGGAGAAUGAUGCUAAGUUGUCGAUUGCCAAUUCAAUCUUCAGCUUUAUGAGCACUCACUUUUUAUCAGAAAGUGAAAAUGGAGGAGUUAUAUAUUUGGAUUCUUCUAAUUCAGUUUCAAUGGCAUUAAUAAUUAACAACGUAGCAGCGAAUAAUAUUUAUUGUGGGAAUAGAGGAGGUUUUGUCUAUCUUUAUAAUGGAUUAGGUACUAUUUAGCUAUCUAUCCUUAAUACUUCUUUCAAAGAUGUGUUUGCUUUGUUUGGAUCCAUUAUUUAUUCAGAAUUCUCUGCUAUUACAUCUUAAUCAUAAAAUUUCAAAAUAGCUACUGCUAGAAUCACUAAUACUCUUGAUGGCUAAAUACAGUUUUUCAAUAAGUUUAGUGUGGGAAGUUAAUCCCAAAUUAAAGCCUUAACUUAAUCAAGGUUUUUGAUGUUAAUAUAUAAUGCCAAAACAAUUUAAAUGGAGAACGUAGUCAUAAAUGACAUUGAUUUUGAAUCUCUUUUGUUUUUUUAAAACUCAACAGCUGUUUAAAUCAAAUCAAUUUAAGUAUCAAGAUCAAAUUUCCUUCAUAAAGUGAUAGUCUUAAAUGAUAUGAAAGAGAAUUCUGUAGUUUUCAUGAAUAAUAUACAAAUCGAAAAUGUAGCCAUUCGAAAUGAAAUUGACAUUGAAUCAAAUUGUUAAAAAGAACAAAAGAAAUAUAAUUCACAGUAUAAAUGUCUAUCACAAAUCAAACCAUCACCCACUAAAUUAAAUCAAAAAUAUGAUAGUAGAUCAUUGUCAAAUGCUUACUGCAUUAUUAAUUUGAUGAAGUAAUUGUUGUCAAAGGAAUCAUUAAGUCUAUUAGAGAUUCAUCCUUCCUACACAAAUAUGAGUAUUUCUCAAGUUACUUUAUCAUAAAUCAAUUGCACAAUAUGUUAGAAUGGUUUAAUAAAUAUGAACUUCAUAGACGCUCAUUCAUUUCUAUUAUUCCAAUCAUUAAAACUUAAGUAAAAUAUAUGUGGCCAAUCGAGUUGUGUGAAUGUUAUUAAAAUGAGUUCCGUACAAAGAUUGCUUUAUAAUUUAGAGUCAUAAGUUAAUGAGAAAUAAUUUGAGCUUAAAAUAAAUGAUUAUUUAUGCAAAUACAAUGAAGCAUAUGAAGGUACAUGUUUGCAAAUUAAAAACAUCAAAACUUUGAUUUAAAAAUCAAUAUUUGAACACAAUUAAGCUAUAGCUUCUGGAGGAUCUAUUAAAGUCAAUGGUAAUGAAAUAUUCUACCUUGUUCAAAGUCUUGUCUCUAACAAUACUGCAAAAUAUGGUGGUGGAUUAGAAAUACAAAAUCAGAUGAGUCAGAAUAUGAGUAGAUUUGGGUCAAUCAUUGCAAAUAACAAGGCUCAAUUAUUUGGAAAUGAUUCUUCAUAAGUUCCAUCUUAAUUAUCAAUUACUAUCAAUAAAGUUGAUAUUUUACCUAGAACCACAGUAGUGGAGCAGGAACAAUUACUGAUUUAACAGAUUUUGAUAAAACCAUAUCAAGUAUUUUCCAAUGAAUUCUCAGAUGCAUUUUAUGUACCUAAUGGAUAGAAGAUAUCUGAGUACGAAUACUUUGAUUGGAUUAAAGGGGAAUAUGAACCUUACAAUCUGCAUUUUAGAAUUGUUGCAUUAGAUAAACUCAAUUCAAUCUAAUAAGAUUUAGAUAAUACCUAUUGUGACAUAAGUGGACGAUUACUUAUGGAAAGUGGAGAAAAUGAAUUCACUUAGAACUUUACCAACAUCAAGAGAGUGGAAUUCAAUUAAAGUGAUUAUAACUUAGAUGAUUUAAUUAUCUAUUUGGAUGAUCAACUCAAUAAGACUUUACAAUUGUAAUUUUCAUGCAAUUCUAUUUUCAUUCCAAUUUAUGAUCAGAAUAAGGAGAUAGUUAGUUAUCACAAUAAUUACUAUUUGAGAAUCAACAUUAAGACAUUGCCUUGCUAAAUGGGAGAAAUCAAAAGUACUGUGGAUUCCACCUGUGUCCCAUGCGAUGUUGAAUAAGGUUAAUUUUCUCUGAGUGUUAAUUCAAAAACCUGUCUAUACAAGGACGAUGCUUCUACCAGCGAGAUUAAGUCAGCCUAGUUAAAAUUAAAGGCUGGAUACUGGAGACCUUAUUUUUAUACUGAUUAGAUAGACGAAUGUAUCAAUUUAAUUGAAAAUUGUCUUGGAGGAUGGAAGGAAGGAGAUACCUCCUGUUAUUAAGGACACAUUGGAGCAUUGUGUGAAGAAUGUGAUUUAUAUGAUAUAAGAGGGGAUGGAUAAUUUUCAACCAGCACUAAAUAUUCAUGUGGAUCUUGCACGGAAAAGGAUAAGAAUUCCAUUAUUAUUACUGCGAUUACACUUUGGUAUCAUUAACUAAUAUUUAAUUAGGACUUUGAUCUCCAUCUUGAUUUCUGUGAAAAGCACUGUGGAAUUAUUAAAAAAGGUAGCCAUAAGAGUUCGACUUGGCUAGAAUCGAGCAUUUUCACAUAUGCAAGAAGAUUAAUCUGGUGUCUUAAUUAAGAUGUUGACCAAUCAUCUUUAAAUUCUUACAACGAUAACUACUUUCUAGAUAAACAUGUCAGUAGGACUUAGUGAUGCAAUCAAGGCAUCAGGCAAUCCUAUGCAGACUAUGGCAUACUCACUUGAUUGCUUCCUAAUCGAUAUGUUUGACUUCAGCAUUCAUUAUUCUAGAAUGGUCUGGUAAAUGAUUUUACCAUUAAUUUACAUCUUUUUAUUUCUGUCUAUGUAUCUGAUCCUACUCAAAGUCAAGAAAUAAGAAUACAAUUUGAGUGUUGUCACAACUACUUUCAUUUACAUGUACAUUUUCCUUCAACCAAACUUGGUGGGUGGCUUUGUUUAAUUGAUAUCCUUUAGAACCAUUUCCAGCUAUAAAUGGAUCUCUGCCAAUGUGGCUUUUAGAUAUGAUACUUGGAUUCAUUUUAAAUGGCUUUUGGGAUUCGUUUUACCUAGUUUUCUUGUAAUAGCAUUUCUAAUCCCAGUCAUUUUCUUCUUUGCUAUAUACUACAAUAGGAAGAGACUGGAUGACAAAUCGAUUAGGUAACAGUGGGGUUAUUUAUAUAACGAAUACACUCAUUAAGCAUACUUUUGGGAGAUUGUGAAAAUCAUAGAAAAAGAAUUACUCCUUAUAUUCCUAUCUUAUUAUGAUGAAUAUGUUGUUAAAAAGGGCAUUCUUGUGUUAUUAGUUAUUUAUAUCUAUCAAGAGUUAAAUAUCAAAUUCAAACCAUAUUCAUCCCCUAAUCUGAACAAACUAGAUUCCUAUUCAGCUAAUGUUUGCAUUAUCUCAAUUGCUUUGGGAAUCGGUAUCUAUAUUGACCAAUAGAUCGGUUCUAUCGAGAUUUAGAUUCCCUAUUUUAUUUUCCUUGCAGUGUUCAACAUUUAUUAUUUACUCCUUCUUUUGAAGGAACUGUUAAAAGCCUACAGUAAAGAAUUGGAGGAGUAGUUGGAUAAAGCUAGGGAUCUCAUUAGAUCUAAAGCUCCUUGGACUUCAAAUUAUGCCUUUUUAAAAAGAUUACUUGCAAAUAGUUAAGAACAAAGAACCAGAGUAAAUGAGAGAUUCAAAAAAAUAAAAAGUACCUUAAUGAAGUAGGUUAAAAAUCUUAUUCAAUUCAAAGAAACUAUUUAAAAACAGUAAGAGUCUGAUGCUGUUAGCCUUAAUGUGCUCGACAAUUAAUAUAACGUCUUUUAGCAAUAUAAAACUGCGAACUCCUUAUAAAAUUUGUAAUUUUAAUAAAUAUAUUUAAAAGAAAAGAUGAAAAACUUUUAAAAGAAGACCAUCCAAAUUCAAACGGACAAGAAAAUUGCGAUGGGAAAGUCCAUCCAAUGAUUAUAGAAGAUACUUGA